AUGAGAAGGGAGGCGCACCAAGCACAAGAGCAUACGGAUGCAGAUUCAGGCCUCAACAGCGACUCAGGCCCAUCCCGCCUGUCGCCGCAGAAACGCCUGGCCCGUCCUCGGCGGCAUCGCGACCACGACCAUGACGACCACCAGCGACCAGCGGACCAGAGGGCGACGGCACAGGCUAUUAAUAACGCAGCUGUGGCGCUACACUGCCACGGCCACGGCCAGUCGCAGUAUCACCACAUGCACACUACUGCUACCGCCACGCCGAUUCCUGACCAGCAAGUCCCGUUGCCCGGCUCGACAGCAACCCUGCAGCUGUCGCCAAAAGCAGCCGACGGCGGGGGACGCGACUGCAAAGUAGUCGCGGAUCCACCAAGCUGA